UUGAUGAGUGCGUAGUUGAAGGAACUAGGAAGUAUCCUUGUUCUAAUUAUCAGGGAAACGAGAAUCAGAUGUCAUAUACUAAAAGUCACCCCCCUACCAACCCAAAAAGCAUAGCAUCUUUCCUCCAUCCCUCCUAGCACUUGAAUAAGCUUCGUUGCAAAACUCUUUCCUAAAUUAUUUUCUCGAGCACUUUUCCAAUUGUUUAAGAUACCUCCGCACCCCACCUAUUUCAAUGCAAGAACUUCAAGAUUGAUCGUCAAGUCCGCCAAUUGCCUCGGUCUCUCGAAAUCUGAAAUCACCAAUAACCAACAGAGUUCUUGGCCUUCCGGCCGGAGAAUGGGGCGGCAUCCGCACUGCACCAAGCAGAAGCUAAGGAAAGGCCUGUGGUCACCUGAAGAAGAUGAGAAGCUUUACAACCACAUCGCUAGAUUUGGCAUUGGCUGUUGGAGCUCUGUGCCCAGACAAGCAGGAUUGGAAAGAUGUGGGAAGAGCUGUAGACUGAGGUGGAUAAAUUACCUGAGGCCGGACCUUAAGAGAGGAAACUUCACGCAGCAGGAGGAGGAUUUGAUCACGAGCCUGCAUGAAGUUCUAGGCAACAGGUGGUCUCAAAUCGCAGCACAAUUGCCAGGGAGAACCGAUAAUGAGAUCAAGAACUUCUGGAAUUCGAGCCUAAAGAAGAUGCUUAAGCAGAGGGGGAUCGACCCGAUCACCCACAAGCCAUUAAGAGAGACAGGAGCACAAGAAGAGAGGCAAAAACCCAGCAUGAAGCCCAUCUUCGGUCCCUUUGCCUCAUUCGAAUGCCAAGCAGUUAUCGAUCGGGUCGAGACUGGCGCAAACUUCUACCGCCAAUUCCGACAAACUUGUAGACCUCUAGAGCAGAACGAAUUCAUGAUGAAUUUUGAUUGCAGUUUUACUUCGGGACCCAACUCAGUGUAUUGCGAUUAUGGUGAAGCAUUAGAUAAUUCAGACAGCUGUGGAAUCCAAGAGAGUUUGAACAAUGGCAGCAACUGGAACUGCAAUAUACCAGCUCAGACGAGCACUGUGCUAGGAAAUGAGGUCUUCAAUUGGUAUUCUUCUGGGAUUAAGUUGGAAUCUCCAAUUCGGACAGAGUUCAAGACUUAUGAGAGGAGGCUGAAUCCAUGUCAAGGACUUCAACAUGUGGAUAGUUCAGAAGAAUUCAGCAGCUAUCCGACGACAUCGCGGUCCCAAGAUCUAUCUGAUGCAUGGUUCGAUGUCUCUCAAGGGGAACUGGCUUGUGAAUUGAAUGGGAAUUUUCUUAGUUCUUAACAACCCCUUCCCCUCCAUCUACCUGUCAUGGAUGUUGAUGGAAGAGCGUAUGGAGAAUUACAGGUGGACCUUUUUAAAAUUUUUCUCAUUUCGCUUUGUCUAUAGGUCACAAAAACAAAAAACAAAAAAGCACGAAUAAUGUAUUUACAGAGGUGUGUAUGAUUUCGAAGCAUUGUUAUUUUGUAUGCAGUGGGCUUGCUGAAAUUGCAUCAUCUCCUCCUUUCAUG